AGAAACUGAAAUCGGAAACACUCAGUUCUAUAAAAGUUGGCAACCCUCAGCAUAGCGGCUGUAUUUUCAUUACGAACUUUAUCAGACGUCGAAUUGUUGUGUUUAUCGCUUUGUUUAACGCCACUCGGUGGUUUAGUGGUGCAAAUGCCUAACCAGCGAUGACUAAUUAAUCAAAACUAGCAAAAGAUGGAGGAAUCGAUCAAGAUGUCGUCUAUUGAUUGGGGCGACUUUUCCUGGAACUGGACACAGUUCUGUCCCACGGGAUUAAAGCCGUUCGCCAACGAGACAAACGAUCUGCUGCCCUGCUUCCAGAAGAUCCUGCUCCAGCUGCCCAUCUACACGAUCUUUGCCGCCAUAUCCGCCUACAAUUUCGGUAAUCAGUCGCGUCCAGUUGUUCGGAAUGGAUUGCAACUGCGAAUGUUAUGGAUCCGGGCCUUCUUGGCCAUUGUACUGGCCCUGCUCCCGGUGGCCAAGGUAUUCGCUUUCCACCAGCAGGGCAUUGAACUAGUCGCAGUGGAUGUGCUGGUGGUUAGUGCCGAGUGCAUUAUGUGGGUGGUUCACAGCGGUUUCCUAUUGACAGCCCGGCAAUAUGGAGAGCUUAGUCAUCGUGGAUCGCUGCUAAUCAAUGUCGUUUGGCUCACAGUUGUCGUUCUGGAUGCGGUAUGGCUACGGACUAGUCGUCACUUUGACUGGUGGCCUUGGAGCCUGGCCACUUUGAUAUGUGAUCUAUUAUUUGCAGCCACCUUGAUACCCAAAGGAAGUGCUGUUUACUCAAGCUUACCCAGAGGAGGACAUUCUGAUAGAGAGGAUGAGGCUCUGCUAACUCAGAGAUAUACUUAUUUCUAUGUCGAUGGGAAUGAGAGCCAUUUGGGUCAUGCCCAGGAUGAAGCGAACUGGGGAUCGCGAUUUCUUUUCCACUGGGUUCAGCCCCUAAUCUCGAAAGGAGUGGCCGGAAAGUUAAGAAAAAUUGAGGAUCUGUUUGAUCUCCCCGACGCCCUGAAUAUCACUCGCCUUAGUGAGAGGUUGCACUUAGCUCUAUCCCAGUCCCAGAGUUUAUGGAGAGCACUGCACAGAUGCUUUGGAGUGGAGUUUUAUCUCAUAGGAGUCCUUAGAUUGAUUGCAGAUUUGAGUGGCUUUGCAGGUCCUUUACUACUCGGAGGAUUACUCAGACAGGAUCAUACGGACUCCAACCAGGUUUAUUAUUAUGCCCUUGGACUCUUUGGAAGCACCUUACUUUCGGCCUUGUGUGCCACUCACUUUGACUGGCGCAUGGCCAUGGUUUCCAUGAAAAUGAGAGUGGGAGUCGUCAACUCCAUAUACAGGAAGGCCCUAGAGGCGAGGGGCUUAAAGGAGUCCAAGCCAGAUGUGCUAAAUCUUAUGUCAACGGAUACGGAUAGAAUUGUAAACUCUUGCAUCAGUUUCCACUUCUUUUGGAGCAUUCCCUUCAAGCUCUUUACCACAUUGUACCUGCUGUAUCUUCAAUUGGGAGCAGCUUUCCUUGCGGGUGUAGUAUUUGCCGCUUUGCUUAUUCCGAUCAACAGAUGGCUGGCCAAAAGAAUUGGCAUAUUUUCAACUGGUUUAAUGACUGCAAAAGAUGCUAGGCUAUCUGCCACCACGGAAACAAUGCAGGGAGCCAAGCAGAUUAAAAUCAAUGCCUGGGAGGAUAUUUUUAUCACCAAGAUUCGAGGGCUUCGGCAAGAGGAGCUGCGAUUCUUAUCGAAGAGGAAAUACCUGGAUGCCAUGUGCGUUUACUUUUGGGCUACUACUCCUGUGCUAAUGUGUCUGCUUACUUUUGGAGUAUCCGUAUUAAUGGGAAAUCAGUUGAUAGCUUCUACUACCUACACCAGUGUUGCCUUGCUAUAUAUGCUCAUUGGACCGUUAAAUGCCUUUCCAUGGGUGCUGAAUGGUUUGAUUGAAGCUUGGGUUUCCAUUAAAAGAGUCCAGCAACUGAUGGAUGUUCCCAACUUGGAUUACUCCUCUUACUACAAUCCGAUAAUGAGAGGAAGCGGAGGAUCUGGAGUCGGAGAAGAUGCUCCGUUGGAUGCUCCAAAAGCCAGUGUUUUGCAGAUGAAGUGCGCUAGUUUCUGCCACGACAGCAUAGAAAACACAUCGCCAAGUACUUUCCGCCUGAAAGAUAUAAACGUGGAUAUAAAAACAGGACAACUCGUAUGCAUCGAAGGACCUGUUGGAGGUGGCAAAAGCAGCUUUCUUUCUGCUGUAGUGGCUAAUCUCCAGUGCACCGAUGGCGAGGUGUGCGUCCAAGAAUUGACCACUGGAUUCGGUUACGUGCCCCAGUCACCGUGGCUCCAGAGAGGAACCAUUAGGGAUAACAUCGUAUGGGGAUCGCAGUUCGAUGAGCAGUGGUAUAAAACUGUGUUGCAUGCUUGUGCUUUGGAGGAGGAUCUCCACAUCCUUGGAGGAGAUCUCAUCGGCGUGGGUGAGAACGGAAGAACGCUGUCUGGAGGUCAAAGGGCGAGAGUGGCACUGGCUAGAGCUGUUUAUCAGGAUAAGAAAGUAUACCUUCUGGAUGAUGUGCUCUCCUCCUUAGACGCCCACGUGUCCAGACAUAUAAUCAAGCACUGCAUUCUGCGUCUGCUCAAGCAUAAAACGCGCAUUGUGGUCACACGGAGCAUUCAGUUAUUUUUUCACGCUAAUCAGAUUCUUCAGGUAAAAGAUGGACAACUCCUUCCUAGUGAAUACAUGACCCAGAGCAUUGAUUUGAGUGAUGAAGAAGAGGCGGAUGAUGAUCAUAAAGAGGCAUCAAGGCGACGUUCAGUGGAGUUAUCCAAUCAGGAUGACAAGAAGAGUGUAGAUAGUUUGCUUCUGGAGGAAUCUAGAGAGUAUGGACAUCUAUCAGGGGACGUUUUUACCUGCUAUUGGAAGGCUGUGACUUCUCCACUGGCUUUCACUGUCUUGCUCUCCGUACUUCUUAUGCAAUUGACAAGAAAUCUAAGCGAUGCCUGGCUAGCAUACUGGGUAACUGAAACUACUUUGGAUCCUCAUUCUAAUGAUACUUCAUUGGAUCACGAAUUGAUGCGACCUGCGUUGGGAAAUGAAACGGAAUCGGGACACACGACAAGAUUCUAUCUGAGUAUCUUCACCGCCAUCGCUGUGACCAAUUCCUUGGUGACUCUGGCCAGGGCGUUUCUCUUUGCCUACGCUGGAAUAAAGGCGGCAAUCUAUAUGCAUGAAAAGCUCCUAAAGAAAGUCAUGUUUGCCAAAUUUAAUUUCUUUGACAUCACCUCUGUGGGUCGUAUUCUGAACCGCUUCUCAUCCGAUACAAACACUGUGGACGACUCUCUGCCAUUCAUCCUUAAUAUUCUAUUGGCGCAACUUGCUGGCUUAGUUGGAGCUUUCUGCGUCAGCCUAUAUGCAAUGCCUUGGUUGGGCUUGGUGAUAAUUCCCAUGGUACCAAUCUACUUAAACUUACAGCAACGCUACCGCCAUGCCUCCAGGGACAUCAAACGAUUAUCGAGCAAUGCAAUGUCACCGCUUUACACCCAUUUCACGGAGACACUUCAGGGACUAACGACUAUCAGAAGUAUGCGAGCAAGUCCACGGUUUCAGAGGGAUUUCCAAGUGAAGCUCGAGGAGAGCAUUAAGGCCCAGUUAACCCAAUCAGCAGCUCAACAAUGGUUAGCUCUUAGACUGCAGUUGCUGGGAACAUUGCUUGUUGGAGGAGCAGGUCUUUUGGCAGCCAUUACAGCCUCUCAUACAACCAAUCCUGGAUUGGUGGGCCUGUGUAUCUCCUAUGCCCUUUCCAUAACAGGUCAAUUAGGCGAUCUACUUCAUGCUGUGGCUGAAACAGAGCAGGAGUUGGUGGCUGUAGAGCGUAUAGAUCAGUAUCUACAACUGGAGGAAGAACAGAAUGCUGCUGGAAGUGCAGAACCGCCAUUUGGAUGGCCUACCCAAGGAGUUCUAAGUUUCAGGGAUGUUCAACUGAGCUACAGAGAACACUUGGCGCCAGCUUUAAAGUGUGUUAGCUUCCAAACUGAGGCAUUUGAGAGAAUUGGCAUUGUAGGACGUACAGGAGCAGGAAAAACAUCUGUCUUGGCUGCCCUUUUGAGAGUGGCGCCAUUGUCGAAAGGAGAAAUUCGAUUAGAUCAGGUUAAUUUGAAAACUUUGGCUUUGAGAGUACUCAGGGAACGAAUAGGGGUUAUAACCCAGGAGCCAUUCCUCUUCGAAGGCACUGUGCGGGAAAAUUUGGAUCCCAGACAUAGCUUCUAUGACUCUGAGAUAUGGCACGCUAUUAAGAACUCUGCAGCGGCCACUCUUCUCGUUCAGCAGUUGGGAGGAUUGGACGGCAAAGUUGAGUCAUGUGGCAACAACCUUUCCGCUGGUCAAAGGCAACUUCUCUGUUUGGCAAGGGCCUUGCUGAAAAAUGCAAAGGUGGUUGCCAUCGAUGAGGGUACUUCCAAUCUAGACGACGAAUCUGAUUUGAGCAUUCAGCAAGCCUUAAGAAAUGCCUUUAAGAGUUGCACUCUCCUAUUUAUUGCUCAUCGCUUGCGCGGACUCCACGCCAUGGAUCGUAUAAUAGUAUUGGAUGAUGGAAGAAUUUGUGAGGAAGGCAACCCCCAAGAAUUGGCUUCUAAUACAUCAACUAUUUUUCAUGGAAUGUUAGUUGCCCAGGACAUUAAUCCAGAGGAUUUCGUCAGACCGAAAUAGCAUUAAGGAAAGAUUAUUAACUACCAAUUGUAUAUAAGUCAAUUGUUACACGAUUCUAUUUAUUAUUUGAUUUAAUUUGUAUUUUACUUGUAUUCCUAACUUAUAAUUCCGUUUUGAGUUUACUUAAUUAAGAAAUUGAGAAAAACUAAAAUCUCUUGUUCUAGCUUUAUUUCAUUGUACAAAGGAAUUUGAUUGACCAACUAUUUUUGUAGUGAAUUUAACAAAGUAAUUAAACCCGUACAAAGUGUACAGAAUUAUAUUAUAUUGUAAAAUAUAAAAGUUUUUGAUUGACUAGUUCUUACCAAAAAAAAUGGGAA